AUGUCAACCAUGGAUCAGUCUAAUAGGGAGCAUCGGAAGAAGAAAGAGAAGAACCCUGCGAAGAAGAAGCUGCAUUCGCAGGGUAUGAAUGCAAAGGCGUUCGCUGUCUCUGCGCCUGGCAAGAUGGCUAGGAACAUGCAGCGGUCGAGUGAUGUAAACGAAAGAAAGUUGCAUGUACCGAUGGUGGAUCGUACCCCAGAUGAUGACCCACCACCGAUUGUUGUUGCGGUUGUGGGGCCUCCGGGGACAGGUAAAACUGUUUUGAUCAGAUCACUGGUUAGAAGAAUGACAAAGACAACAUUGACUGAAAUAAAUGGGCCAAUAACUGUAGUUUCUGGAAAGCGUAGAAGGCUAACGAUUAUUGAGUGUCCUGCCAAUGAUUUAAACUCUAUGAUAGACGUUGCCAAGAUUGCAGAUUUGGUUCUUUUACUAAUUGACGGUAAUUUUGGAUUUGAAAUGGAAACAAUGGAAUUUCUGAACAUUGCGCAACAUCAUGGUAUGCCUCGUGUUCUUGGUGUUGCUACACAUCUUGAUCUUUUCAAAUCUCAAUCUACAUUGAGAGCGUCAAAGAAAAGGUUAAAACAUAGAUUUUGGACGGAGGUUUAUGAGGGAGCAAAACUUUUCUAUCUAUCUGGUGUUAUCAAUGGCCGUUAUCCAGAUCGUGAAAUUUUAAAUCUUUCCCGUUUUAUUUCAGUAAUGAAGUUUAGACCUUUGAAAUGGAGAAAUGAGCACCCUUACAUGCUCGCGGAUCGUAUAACAGAUCUUACACAUCCAGAACUAAUAGAGAAACAGGGAAAGCAAAUUGACCGUAAAGUUGCACUAUACGGAUAUCUUCAUGGUACCCCCCUGCCAUCGGCAACUGGCACCAAAGUCCAUAUAGCGGGUGUUGGUGAUCUAUCGAUCUCUCAGGUUGAAAGGUUACCUGACCCAUGUCCAACGCCAUAUUAUCAGCAAAAACUCGAUGACUAUGAGAGAGAGAAAAUCAAAGAACAAGGCAGUAGCGCAGCUUCUGUAACGCCACGUCGGAGAAAAAGGUUGGAUGAUAAGGACAAGCUAAUCUACGCCCCCAUGUCAGAUGUCGGAGGUGUGCUUGUAGAUAAAGAUGCAGUUUACAUCGAUGUUGGUAAGAGAAAUGAGGAAUUGAGUUUUGUACCAGGCGAAGAGAGGGGUGAAGGUGAAAAACUAGUCACAGGUCUACAGAAAGCUGAUAAGAAUUAUGCCGAAAUUUUUGAAGGUGUUGGUCUACAACUUUUCAGUAAUGACGAAGUAUUGCACACAGGCGAAGAAUUCGAUCACGAAGAUAUAGACGAAAAGUUGGAUCAAGGUAGAGGAACAUUGAGAAAUCCUAGAUUGUACGGUGAGUCAAUUCAAGUGGAAGAUGCAGAUAUUGAAAACUUGGCAAGCGAUAACGAAAAGGAUGAACUGGAUGCUGCAGAAGCCGUUUCAGAAAAAAUAAAUAUUGACUUUGGUUUCAAUGAUGGAAAGAUGAAGGCAGAUAUAGAUUCUGAAUUCGAACUAAGUGAUCAUGAAGGUGAAGGUUGGGAAAGAGCAAUUUCUGCAAAACUAAGUAGCAGAUCAAACCGUCGUAGAAAUUGGGACAUCGGAAAAUUGAUAUACAUGGAUAACAUAUCUCCUAAUGAAUGCCUCAGAAAAUGGAAAGGUAAAGAGGAUGAUAAUGAUAAUGACGAGGCCAAUAGUGAUAUCGAAGUCGAAAAUGAUAAAGGAGAUGGCGCAGACGAUUUUUUCAAGAGAAAACACGAAGCAGAGAGUAAAAUUCAAGAUUACGAAGGCGAUUUGGAGAAAUUUGUACCGUAUUUUGAUACUAUUGAAAAACUUACUCAAAAAUGGUCUACAUUUUCACCAAUUAGAGAUAGAUUCAUCGGUGCACCAAAAUUACAAAAUGUUGAAGUUGAUGAGGAGAGUUCCAAUAAUGACGAUGAAGAACUGUACGGUGACUUUGAAGAUCUGGAGGCAACUUCCGCUGAGGAGAUUAACGGAAUGGACCAGCGCAUAUCCGGGGAUGAAGGUAAAUCAGAAGACGAAGGCCAGUCAGAAGACGAAGGCAGUGAUGGUAACGACUCCUUUACCAAUUUUGAGGAGGAAGAGCAGAAAGAAUUGACUCUCGAAGAAGAGCGUGAAUUGAAUGCUUCCAAGAAAGAGAAAUUACACCUGCAAUUCGAAAUGGAGGAGGGUGAUAAUUUCAAAGAAGAUGAUCCCAACAACGAAUAUGAUACCUGGUAUGAGUUACAGAAGGCAAAAAUGGCAAAACAACAAGAUAUUAACAAUGCCGAAUUCCAGAGCAUGAGCCCUGAACAGCGUCAAAAGAUUGAGGGUUUCAAAGCAGGAUCCUAUGUGAGAAUCGUCUUUGAUAACAUUCCAAUGGAAUUUAUAGAGAAUCUCGAUCCUCAUGUUCCGGUCAUCAUGGGUGGUUUAUUACCUGCUGAACUCAAAUUUGGAAUCAUUAAUUCAAGACUUAGAAGACAUCGUUGGCAUAAAAAGAUCUUGAAAACAAAUGAUCCUUUGGUUCUUUCUCUCGGUUGGAGAAGAUUCCAAUCAUUACCAGUGUAUACCACCAGUGACUCCAGGACUAGAACGAGAAUGUUAAAGUAUACUCCUGAGCACACUUACUGUAAUGCCUACUUUUACGGACCGUUAUGUUCACCAAAUACACCUUUCUGUGGAGUACAAAUUGUAGCAAAUAGUGACACCGGAAAUGGAUUUAGAAUCGCAGCUACAGGUGUUGUUGAGGAAAUUGAUGCCAGUGUUGAAAUUGUCAAGAAAUUGAAGCUGGUAGGCUUUCCAUAUAAGAUUUUCAAAAACACGGCUUUUAUCAAAGACAUGUUUUCGAGUGCAAUGGAAGUUGCCAGGUUUGAAGGUGCUCAAAUUAAGACGGUAUCUGGUAUCCGCGGUGAAAUUAAGCGGGCAUUGUCUAAACCAGAGGGACACUUCAGAGCUACUUUUGAAGAUAAAAUUUUGAUGAGUGAUGUUGUCAUUUUAAGGUCAUGGUAUCCAGUUAACGUAAAGAGGUUUUACAACCCUGUUACUUCAAUGCUACUAAAGGACAAGACGGAAUGGAAAGGGAUGAGGUUAACAGGUCAGAUCAGAGCUGCUCAAGGCAUUGAAACGCCUUCAAACCCUGAUAGUGCAUAUAAAAAGGUUGAGCGUGUCGAAAGACACUUUAAUGGCUUAAAAGUUCCAAAAAUAAUUCAGAAAAACUUACCUUUCAAGUCCCAAAUUCAUCAAAUGAAACCGCAAAAGAAAAGUACCUACAUUGCAAAGAGAGCCGUUGUGCUUGGAGGUGAAGAGAAGAAGGCAAGAGCUUUCAUGCAAAACGUGUUAACAUUAUCGAGAUCCAAAGACGAAAAGAAGAAAGCUAAGAAACAAGACGACAGAAAAGAGAGGCUGAAAAAAUUGGCGAAAGCUGAGGAAGAAAAAUCUCAUAAAGAUAGGCAAAAAAAGAAGGAAUAUUUUGCAUCGCAAGGGAAGAAAAGGCCUUCAAGCUCAAAUGAGGAUAAUAAGUCAAACUCUUUUAAGAAGAGAAAAUGA